GGCGAGACCAGCCCAGGUCCACUAGCCCCGGGCUUCCCAGCGAGCUUGCAGUUAACACUUGGGCACCUGUGGCACUGCGGGGCAGGGCGGAAGAGCCACGUCCUCAAUCAGUUGGGGGGUCUGCUCCCAAGCCCACUCUGCGCAUCCAGACCAGCUGGUGCCUCCCCCUCACGGCCCCCCGCCCCCAGGACCCCCGUAGCUUCCCCCCAACACCCCGCAAGAGCCACAGCCCACUUUGCCAAGAUGUCCAAGGUAGCCAAGUAUCGCCGGCAGGUGAGUGAAGACCCCGACAUCGACAGCCUGCUGUCCACCCUGUCUCCCGAGGAGAUGGAGGAGCUGGAGAAGGAGCUGGACGUGGUGGACCCCGACGGGAGCAUCCCCGUGGGCCUGCGGCAGAGAAGCCAGACCGAUAAGCAGUCCGUGGGCACGUACAACCGGGAAGCCAUGCUCAACUUCUGUGAAAAGGAGAGCAAGAAGCUUAUUCAGAGGGAGCUGUCCAUGGACGAAAGCAAGCAAGUGGAGACCAAGACAGAUGCCAAGAACGGAGAGGAAAGGGGCAGAGACGCCAGCAAAAGAACCCUGGGCCCCAGACGGGACUCAGAGCUGGGGAAGGAGCCAAAGAAGGGUGGUUUAAAGAAAAGCUUCUCAAGAGACCAAGAGGAAGCUGAUGGGAAAGGCGGAGAGAAGCCCAAGGAGGAGAAGCUCAUCAGGGGCAUUGACAAGGGCCGGGUCAGGGCUGCUGUGGACAAGAAGGAGGCAGGGAAGGAUGCGAAAGGAGAGGAGAAGGCAGCGGCCCCGAGGGAGGUGGACGAGAAGAAAGGCAGUGACAGGAGCGCAGGGUCGAGCAGAGACAAGGACAAGAAGAGAGAGGGGAAGGACAUACGCAAGAGAGAGGACGGCGGGCACGCAAGAGGGGAGAGCGGGAACGCAGAGGGCAAGAAGGAAGACGAGCGGGUGAAGAGAGGAAGCGGGAGCGGAGACACAAAAAGGGAGGAUGAGAAGGUGAAAAGAGAGGAGUCCGUCAGUGACAAGGAACCCAAAGAAGAGAACAAGACCCAAGCGCGGGAGAAACCAGCCCCGCCUUGUCCCCCCAAGCCCUCCUCCGAAGGGCCCGCCAAGGCAGAGGAGGAGGCGGCCCCCAGCAUAUUUGAUGAGCCCCUGGAGAGGGUGAAGAACAAUGACCCAGAGAUGACCGAGGUGAACGUCAACAACUCAGACUGUAUCACAAAUGAGAUCUUGGUCCGGUUCACCGAGGCUCUGGAGUUCAACACGGUGGUCAAGGUGUUUGCCCUGGCCAACACACGCGCGGACGACCACGUGGCCUUUGCCAUCGCCAUCAUGCUCAAGGCCAACAAGACCAUCACCAGCCUGAACCUGGACUCUAACCACAUCACGGGCAAAGGCAUCCUGGCCAUCUUCCGGGCCCUCCUCCAGAACAACACGCUGACGGAACUCCGCUUCCACAACCAGCGGCACAUCUGCGGCGGCAAGACCGAGAUGGAGAUCGCCAAGCUGCUCAAGGAGAACACCACGCUGCUCAAGCUGGGCUACCAUUUCGAGCUGGCCGGGCCCCGGAUGACGGUCACCAACCUGCUCAGCCGCAACAUGGACAAACAGCGGCAAAAGCGGCUCCAGGAGCAGCGGCAGGCACAGGAGGCCGGCGGCGAGAAGAAGGAUCUACUGGAGGUGCCCAAGUUCGGGGCCCUGGCCAAGGGCUCCCCCAAACCCUCCCCCCAGCCAUCUCCAAAGGCCUCGCCCAAGAACUCGCCCAAGAAAGGGGGCGCCCCAGCUGCUCCGCCGCCGCCGCCGCCUCCCUUGGCCCCGCCCCUUAUCAUGGAGAACCUGAAGAACUCAUUGUCCCCAGCCACCCAGAGGAAGAUGGGAGACAAAGUCCUGCCUGUCCAGGAGAAGAACUCCCGCGACCAGCUACUGGCCGCCAUUCGCUCCAGCAACCUCAAGCAGCUCAAGAAGGUGGAGGUGCCCAAACUGCUUCAGUAGGACCAGACUGCCAGGGGGCACUGUCUGCCGAUGCCAAGACUGCCCCGGCCUCGCCUCCCAGGGCCGCACAGACCCCGCCCCACACUCCACCCCCGGCUGCCCUGCUGUGGAUGUCCCUACUCUGCCAUGGGAGAGCAUGAGGCCUGGCCACACUCCAGGAAGGAUGCCUUCUCUCUUCUCACUUUCCUUUUGUCGUCUCUGAGGCUCUCCAAAAAUUUCUUUUAUACCUGGAGCUGAGGUUGCUGGACAAGAAGAGUCCUUUUAGCGUGUCACCGAGAAGAUGGCAUGGCUAGGGCUCAAGUAGCUGGCAAGUUACGAAAGGCCUGUGGUCCAGGAAAGAUGUCCCACCAGGACCACAUAACCAGCCCAGUCCCACUGCCCUCCAGGGCCAGGAUUCAGGCCUCUGAGGAGCCCUUGGGGCAAAGCUGCUGGGCCCGUGGCCCUCUGUGUGGGACAAUGGCAGAAGAUUGAGAAGGGCAUAAGAGCCCAAGGGAAGAAGGAGAAGGGGCCGAGGAUACCCUCAGACCCCCUCCUGGGCUGAUCAGAGGACACGGCAGGGGCAGCUGGCCUGGUGGGAAGUGGGCUCCAGCUGGGAAGAGAGGGACAGACAGCAGCUGGUCCUGAAGGUUUGAUGCCAAAGCAGACAUUUCCCUCACACCCACCUGCUGUUGUAUAAAUAGCCGUGUAUCUGUUUUUCCAUAAGAUUUUGAUAAUAUAUACAAGCCUUUAGUUGUGAA